AUGAUUUAUGAAUUAUUUUCUUUGAUUGGAGUUGCCGCAUUAUGGGGAGGAACAAAUCCAUUAAUAAAAAGAAACUCCAAAGAAAUUGUGCAAGUAAAAGCUAACAAUGCAUUUAUGCAGUUUGUUUUAGAGUUAAAAUAUUUAUUUACAAAUGUACAGUAUUUAGUACCUAUGGCAUUAAAUCAACUCGGCUCAGUUUUAUACUUUUUUACUUUACAACAUGUUGAUCUAUCAUUAUCUGUGCCAGUUGCAAAUUCAUUAACCUUUGUGUUUACGGCAAUAGUUGGAUGUUUUCUAGGGGAAAAAUUACCAACAAGGGAAACUUGCCUAGGAAUAUUCCUUAUCCUUUUGGGUACUGCUAUUUGUUAUUAUGAUAAACUGGUAUUAAAUAAUAGUGGUAACUAG